AGAGGGCGGGGUCGCUCACCAGUCCGCAGCUCGUGCUUGACAGUGAGGAGCUGCUCUCCUCCGUCGCCGCCGUCCGCGCUGGUCCCCGCGGCGCCGCCGCUGCUGCCACCCUCCUCCUCCAUCUUCUCCUUUUUUCCGAUCCCGCGGGUCGCUACGAGGGGAUCCCAGGAGACAGCGGACGCCCGUCCCCUCGCAGCCGCUGCCGCGGCCCCAGGAGCCGGGAUGCGGCGGCUCCAGAACUCGGACGCAAAGACGAGUCUCUUUCCCGCUCUGGCCGCACGGCUCGCUCCUCGCCUCCUCCCCCUUCGGCGGGCACCGCUAGUACCGCGCAACCAAACCGCCCCCUGCUCCACCGCCGCCUCCUCAGGCCGCUCCGCCCACAGCUAGCAAGAUUCUCUGCUACUUAUUCAAGGUGACACGAUGCCCUUCACACUCCACCUGAGGUCCCGCCUUCCCUCUGCCAUAAGGAGUUUGAUUCUACAAAAGAAACCAAACAUCAGAAAUAUAUCCAGCAUGGCUGGAGAGCUCCGACCAGCCAGCCUGGUGGUCCUGCCCAGGUCCCUUGCUCCAGCUUUUGAAAGAUUCUGCCAGGCCAACACUGGUCCUCUACCCCUGCUGGGCCAGAGUGAGCCAGAAAAGUGGAUGCUGCCCCCUCAAGGUGCUAUCUCAGAGACCAGGAUGGGCCAUCCCCAGUUCUGGAAAUACGAGUUCGGUGCCUGCACCGGCAGCCUGGCUUCGCUGGAGCAGUACUCGGAGCAGCUGAAGGACAUGGUGGCCUUCUUCCUGGGCUGCAGCUUCUCCCUGGAGGAGGCCUUGGAGAAAGCAGGGCUCCCCAGAAGAGACCCAGCAGGUCACAGCCAGGCGGGUGCAUACAAGACAACAGUGCCUUGUGUUACCCAUGCUGGCUUCUGCUGCCCUCUGGUGGUCACGAUGAGGCCCAUUCCCAAGGACAAGCUGGAAGGGCUGGUGCGGGCCUGCUGCUCCCUCGGAGGUGAGCAGGGGCAACCUGUUCACAUCGGCGACCCAGAACUGUUGGGAAUCAAAGAGCUUUCCAAACCUGCCUACGGGUAUGCCAUGGUGUGUCCCCCAGGGGAGGUUCCAGUGUUCUGGCCUUCUCCGCUGACCAGUCUCGGAGCUGUCAGCAGCUGUGAGACCCCACUGGCUUUUGCCAGCAUCCCAGGCUGCACAGUUAUGACUGACCUGAAGGAUGCAAAGGCUCCACCUGGUUGUCUCACCCCAGAGAGAAUUCCAGAGGUCCAUCACAUUUCCCAAGAUCCUCUGCACUACAGCAUCGCGUCAGUCUCCGCUUCUCAGAAGAUCAGAGAACUAGAGUCUAUAAUCGGCAUAGACCCAGGGAACCGGGGGAUUGGGCACCUGCUCUGUAAAGAUGAGCUGCUGAAGGCCUCUCUCUCGCUGUCCCAUGCCCGCUCAGUGCUCAUCACCACUGGGUUCCCCACACAUUUCAAUCAUGAGCCUCCAGAAGAGACAGAUGGCCCACCAGGAGCUAUUGCUCUGGUCGCCUUCCUGCAGGCCUUGGAGAAGGAGGUCGCCAUAAUCGUUGACCAGAGAGCCUGGAACUUGCACCAGAAGAUUGUUGAAGAUGCUGUUGAGCAAGGUGUUCUGAAGACGCAGAUCCCGAUAUUAACUUACCAAGGUGGAUCAGUGGAAGCUGCUCAGGCAUUCCUUUGCAAAGAUGGGGACCCGCAGACACCUAGAUUUGACCACCUGGUGGCCAUAGAACGUGCCGGAAGGGCUGCCGAUGGCAAUUACUACAAUGCAAGGAAGAUGAACAUCAAGCACUUGGUUGACCCCAUUGACGAUCUUUUUCUUGCUGCGAAGAAGAUUCCUGGAAUCUCAUCAACUGGAGUCGGUGAUGGAGGCAACGAGCUUGGGAUGGGUAAAGUCAAGGAGGCUGUGAGGAGGCACAUACGGCACGGGGAUGUCAUCGCCUGCGACGUGGAGGCUGACUUUGCCGUCAUUGCUGGUGUUUCUAACUGGGGAGGCUAUGCCCUGGCCUGCGCACUCUACAUCCUGUACUCAUGUGCUGUCCACAGUCAGUACCUGAGGAAAGCAGUGGGACCCUCCAGGGCACCUGGAGAUCAGGCCUGGACUCAGGCCCUCCCGUCGGUCAUUAAGGUAACAAACCCCAGCCAGCCGCUCGCCUGGAAGCAGCUUUUACCCUGGAUGAGCAGCAGGCCUGAGGUCCCAAGCCGUAAGCCGAGGGCUGGCACCCUGCUGCCCCUCAAAAGCCAGAGGCAGAGCCAGCCUUAAAGCAAAGGUCUCCUGGAUUGGGUGCCCUUUAAGCUACUCGCGGUUCUGAAUCGUGUGGCAGGCCUGAUCCAAGUGACCAUUUUCCUUCUAGUCUGACUUUGGGUGAGUUGCUUAGCUUCUCUGAGCCUCAUUUUCUUCAUCUGUAAAAUGGGGGUGGUCAGCAUUGUUGGAGGAACCGAAUGCCUCACCCAUGGUGGGUACUUCAUACUGUUAGUGGUGGGCAGGUGUCCUGUCAGCCCCCUCCAAGGAAUUCACCACCCAGCGAGGCCACUAAAACCUCCAGAGUAAGUCAAUCAGCCAUACUAAGGAAAGUGCUAAGGGGGACAGACAAGGUGAGAAGAGAAUCCUAUGGGCUGGAGGCUGCAAGGAAUAAGCCAAGUAGAAGGAGAGGAAUCCCAGCGGGAGGAAUGGGGGGAGCAGGGGCUUGGGAGAUGAGGACAGGCUUAGUGAUGGUUUGUGGGAGACAGCUCUUGAGGUGGAGAGCAGGAGGUAGGGGGUGAGACAAAAGUAGAAGAGGGCUUCAGACCCCAGGGCCCACAAGGAGGAGGUCCAUGAGCCCCUGAAGCUGUUUGCACAAUUGUUCCUGUACAUGUAUUUUUCUGCACAAGACUCUUAGUCUGGGGCCAUUAAGAAUCCCUGGUCCAGCUGGGUGUGGUGACUCAUGCCUAUAAUCUCAGCACUUUGGGAGGCCAAGGCAGGAGGAUCACCUGAGCCCAGAAGUUUGAGACCAGCCUGGACAACAUGGUGAGACCUCAUCUCUAGAAAAAAAUUUUUAAAAUUAGCUGGGCCUGGUGGCAUGCACCUGUGGUCCCAGCUACCUGGGAGGCUGAAGUGGGAGGAUCGCUUGAGCCCAGGAAUCCAAGGCUGCAGUGAGCUAUGUUCACUUCACUGCACUCCAGCCUUGGAGACAGAGUGGGAGACCCUGUCUCAAAAAAAAAAAAAAAAA